AUGAUAGAUAAGACGAAGAAGAACUUCAUUUUCAAGGUGAAUCUCCUGUAUGGAUACUACUUGGGUAUCGGAUUUGGCAAGAACAUGACCAAUGUACCUAUUUUAGUUAUUAAUGAUGAAGAAGCAGAUAAAAAGACUAUUCCAGUUCUCAUGGAUACUUAUUCUAAGAAGUAUGGCUACCCUCAGGCUAACCAAGAAAAUAUCUAUCAAAUGGUGAGAGCUGAGGCAAUGGAGACUGGCUGGGAUCUCACUAUUCAGAGGCCAAUCGCGUUAGAAAGAGAAGGAAGAGAUGAGAGCAUUCCUUUGGACGAACUCAUAAACAUGAUUUAUGCUUUCAAAGAAUCUUAUGGAAAACACACAAGACAAGAUAGAGGAUUCUUCACAAUGGGGAUAAACUCAAGGACAAGGAUAGCUGAGUUUGAUUCUACAAUUGAUGCCAAUGACAUAUACUACAAGGUUCACGGGAUUCUCUUUUAUAUCAGUUGGAGCAUAAUGAGUUUUGCUCUAAUAGUUUCUGGAAGAUAUAUGAAGCAUCUAUACAACUUUAGGAUGCUAAUUCAUGCUUCUGUUGGCUUUUUAUUAGCAGCAAACACGCUAAUCCUUGUUCUUCUCUCUCUAAUGAAAUUCACAGUUAAAGGAGAUGACUAUGUUGCCCACAAGCCUAUUGGCAUUACUGUUAUGGUUGCUUCAGUUGUUCAAUGUUUUGGAGGAAUUUCACUUAAAAAGUCUUUGACUUCUUUAAACUGGAACUCCAAAUUUACAAAGAAUGCAAAAAUUGGACAUCAAGUUUUUGGAUUAUCACUGGUGUUCCUCUCCAACUUUCAAGUGACUACAGGGCUGUAUAAGUACCAGUCGCCUGUAAGAGACCUCAUUUACAUUCACUUUGGUGUCUUUAUCUUAAUGAUCCUUGUGAUUGAGAUAUCAUUCCGAUUGAGAUUUAAAUAUAUGAAGAAAGGAUUUAUUGUACAUAAAGAGAUACGCACCUAUUCGAUUGAAGAAUUCAGAAGUCUUAUAAAAUCAGGAAAGAAGCUUGCUUUGUUCAACGAUUACAUUCUUGAUCUCAAAUCAUUCGUAUCUGAACAUCCAGGAGGCUCCUUUGUUCUAAAGGAAAGUAUCGGAAAAGAUGUGGGCAAAUACUUUUAUGGAGUUUCUUCUAUGGAAAAUGGAGUAGCCCCAUAUGAACACUCUAGAUAUGCUGGGAGAAUCAUUGAGAAGUUGGUUAUCGGACAGCUUGAGAACAAAUAUAAAGGUGAAGAUACCUUGAGAACAUCUCUGAAUGAAAGUAAAUCUUUGCACAGUGAUAAUCAGUCGAGAUUAGUUACUGAAGUAGAAGAAAAUUCACAUACUUAUACAAUCAAGAAAAAGACUUGGAUCACAAGUAAUGUAUCAAGGAUAUCCUUUCAUUCCAUUGAUGCAUCAGUUUCGAGAAUUUACCCCGGCCUAGAGAUGUGAGGAAAGAGUUAUUCUAUCACCUCUCUUAAAAACCAUGUGACUCGAUACUAUACAAUUUGAAAUUGAAUGGGAUCUUUGAUCUAUGACGAAUAUAUCAGAUCUCUAGAUGCUGCAAUUGAGAGUAGAUCUUAUCAGAGAAAGUUCUCGACUAUCUCUGACUUUAAUACUAAAGAAACAGACACGCUUGAGUUAGUUCUAAAAAAUUAUCCAAUGUCGACAAAAGGUAUAUCCCCUCAAGUUUUUAACGCAACAUACCAAGAACAAUUUUAUCUCCAAGGACCAAUGGGAGCUGGCUUUGAUUACACAGAGGAAAAUCUCCAAGGGACAAAUGUGGUCUUCUGUGGAGGUACUGGGAUUCUUCCUUUCAUGGAUCUCUUCGCUUAUCUAGGCAGGAGAUUAGUUGCUUCUCAUUGAUCAGACUACUCUAUGUUUGCAGACGAGACAAUCUCUAGUAAGGAAUCACAAGCAAGAUUCAUUAUCUAUGCAUAUUUUCAGACUAGACAAGACUGCAUUGGAAUUGAAAUGGUUGAGAAGAUAGAGAAGCUCUAUCAAAAGUACAAUAAAGGAGAAUUCUUUAAAUUAAAUCUGAUCUUGACUUCUGAAGGGGGUCAAAAACUAGACAAUGACGAUAUCAUUGAGUUGUUGCAGGACUACUCAAUGGUAGGUGGAGGUCUCAAUAAGCUGCUAGUGUGAGGUCCUCCUACAAUGAAUAAUCUAUUCCAGAAAUUGACAGGAAAAAUAAUUGAAAAGGUUGGAUUAGAUCAGUGAGCUGUCGACAUUCUUUAA